UUCAGGCUUGUGUCUGCUGCUCAUCUGGUAAUCAGUCCACCCCAAAGGAGAAACCAUGACUCCAGAACGGAAGAAACUGCUGAACAUUUUCAUCUUGGGCUUUGCCUUCAUGUUCAUGUUCACCGCUUUUCAGACUUGCGGCAAUGUUGCGCAAACCAUCAUCUCCAGCUUAAAUAACACUGAAUUCCAUGGCAGUGGUUAUACGAGCAUGGCCAUCAUAUAUGGAGUGUUUUCAGCCUCCAAUCUCAUAGCACCUUCUGUAGUUGCCUUGAUUGGCUGUCAACUAUCAAUGUUCCUGAGUGGUAUAUUUUACAGUGCCUACAUUGCAAUGUUCAUCCAGCCAUACACCUGGUCAUUUUACACGUUGUCAGUUUUAAUCGGGAUUGCUGCUGCCGUGCUCUGGACUGCUCAAGGCACCUGUCUGACUAUAAACUCAGAUGACAAGACAAUUGGGCGGAACAGUGGUAUCUUCUGGGCCCUACUGCAGUUCAGUAUGCUUUUUGGAAACCUUUAUAUCUAUGUUGCAUGGAAGGGAGAAGCUGUCAUAUCAGAUCGGGAUCGCAGGACUGUGUUCAUCGCCCUCACCGUCAUAAGCUUGGUUGGAGCAGUUCUUUUUUUCCUCAUUCGGACACCACCCUCCAACACAGUCCAUCUGAGUGAGGACGACGACGGAAGCUCUGACAUCCUUGAAGGCAACGUGUCUUCACAGAGCAACAUAUCAAAAGCACUGGAUGCCUUUGGUAAAUCUGUGAAGUUGUCCGUCACCAAAACCAUGCUGCUGCUGAGCAUAUCCAUGGCUUACACAGGUUUUGAACUCACCUUUUACUCUGGUGUGUUUGGCACUUGUAUUGGAGCAAUCAACUGGUUCGGAGCUGAUGCUAAAAGUUUAAUUGGGCUUUCCGGAAUAUUUGUUGGCCUUGGAGAAGUUUUAGGUGGUGCAGUCUUUGGAUUACUCAGCAAGAAUAGUCGCUUUGGCAGAAAUCCAGUCUUUCUAUUUGGUCUUGUUGUUCAUUUUCUAGCUUUCUACCUGAUCUUCCUUAGUAUUCCUGCUGACGCCCCUAUCGCCUCUCGUGAUGGAACAUACAGUCGGGCAUAUGUAGAUCCUAGCAAAAUCCUGUCUAUGUUCUGCAGCUUUCUGUUGGGUUUAGGAGACAGCUGCUUCAACACUCAGCUUCUCAGUAUUUUGGGAACUCUGUACUCCGAUGACAGUGCUCCCGCUUUUGCGAUAUUCAAAUUUGUGCAGUCUAUCACCGCAGCUGUUGCAUUCUUUUAUAGCAACUACCUCCUCCUGCAGUGGCAGCUGUUAAUCAUGGUGAUAUUUGGAUUCUUUGGCACCAUCUCCUUUUUCUUUGUGGAAUGGGCAACGGUCAGCUUGGAUCCACAAGAGACCCGCUACGGCAGUAUUUGAUGAAGACGCAUUGCACGGCAGCUGCUGGUUAACAGAGUGAAGAGGCUCAGAAUUUGUCUGGCACUUGAGCGGUUAAUUAAACAUUUGGAUCUGCGCUGGCCGCAGGGCAUUCCCUAGAGCUACUCUGUACUACUUUUCGGAUUCGGGACAACAUUGACGUGACCAUAAUGCACUCCAUCCCCAGCGUCUUCUGGGGCAGAGAAAACAUAUGGCAGUGGUUCACAGACAUUGCCGGUGCAAUAGCUGCUACACUCCUUUUGCCUGCUGUUAUUACUUGAUCAUGUUUAUCACCUGCCAAUUAUGAAGUCUGAUUAUUCACAUCCCUUUGAUCACUGAAUGCAAUGAACUUGAUCAGACACCACACUUCUUGCCCUUUUUACCAUGUGAUAUUUUAAUGACCGUUUUAUAAAUGGGAGUGGGGCUUACCACACAUUGACUAUAUAGCUAAAAAAAAAUACUUGACAGCAAAUUUGCUGUUCUAUCCAAUUUUGGAAUUUGUGAUGGUUCC